AUGGCUCAACAUUUUGAAUCUAGCUUCUCGAUUCGUAAUUUGUUAGCGAACAAUGACAGUAUGAAUCCAGCAUUGACACCACCACGAUCUGAUAUAUCUAUGUCUCCGAACGAAUCAAUGUCAUCUAACGAAGAGAACUGUGGAAGUCGUCCCAACUAUACUUACAGUGAGUUGAUAACCAUGGCAGUUCGUAGCAGUAUUGAGGGCAAACUGACUUUGAAUGCUAUACAGAACUGGAUCAGUGAAAAUUUCCCUUACUACCGAAAAGAUGAGCAGGGCUGGCAGAAUCAGAUAAGGCAGACMUUGAGCACGAAYACUUGCUUCUGCAAAAUUCCACGAGCAAUUAAUGAACCUGGGCGUGGAAAUUAUUGGGCGAUUAGUCCAGCAGGAGCACAUCAAGUCCAGCAGCCGUUUGGUGGCAGUGAGACGUUGACUGGAGCGAUGGUGAAUGGUGUACCGCAUCCUCAGGUGCCAAAUGCGGUGUACUUCCUCACACCACAAGAAGUACAGGGAGCUCAUCAGCAACAUGCUUGGUACCAAUAUCACCUACAGCAAUCGAAAUUCUUAGAGCAGCAACUGAUGGUCCUGCAACAACAGCAGAUUCAACAGCAGUACGAGGAAGUGUAUCAAAAAUUUGUUUUCCACCAACAACAAAUGGCGUUCCUAAGCGCUUAG